CCGGCUGCCCGCACGACCCAGCCGAUCCACGCCUCCGAUCCAUCCCCUCUCUCGUACGCCGCCAUCGUCCCCCACCUCUCGAACCCCGACAUCCGUCGCCGGCCAUCCCUGGUUGCCAUGGCAACCAGGGCAGAUCCGUAGGGCGCUCCGACCCCAAACCACACCCUAACCCUUCCCAUCCCCAGCCGCCCACUCCAAUCCAGCCCUCCAGACACGAUCAACUAAAACCAGGUGAAAAUUCUCGAUCUCGUCCUUCCCUCUCAUCCUUAAGGCUGAAAAUCUCCCGAUCUUGUACUGGGUCCAUACUAUAGGGGUAGAACACUGCAUGGUUCGGUGUAUAUUCGCAAUUGCCAGGCAGAAUACACCAGAUCUGCCAUGUACUACGUUUGAGGUUAACUUAGGUGCCUAGUUUAGGCACUUAAGUAGUUGGGUAUGAAAUGGAUGAGUAGGAAUCCCUAAAAAAGGGCAGGAAGGACGAUUUUUUGAAUGAAGAGGGUGGGAAAAAAUAAUUGCCACUUGUGUGUAACGACAGUUGCCGCUUGUGUAUGAUGACAAUUGCCACCUAUUUUGACCUGUUGCUUGCCAUCCCUAUCUUCCAUGUGCAAGCAGCAGAAGAAUACAAUUCUUGUGGAUUAUUGAUGCCUUUUUGAUCAUCCAGUGAUUGAGAACAUGUCGGAAAAGAAUCGAGACGCGGAAAGGAUGAAUCGCGAAGGUGGCGCUGAUGCUUGGGGUUCUCAAAGGCCAGAAACACCGCCUUGGGAUGCAGCAGAGUAUAGUCAACUCAUCUCUGCAGGGCCGUUGCUGCCACUACUAGAACAGUAUGCAGGCGUAGGUUCUUAUGACCAAAACACUCUCAGGGGGGCCCCAUGGCAAGUUCAGUCACAAGGCGCUAACACUGACAUAUGUACGGGCAACCAACCUCAACUAGCUAGUAUGGCUAAUCAAGGGCCUUCAUGCAGCACGUGGCAUCAGCCAGCACCCAUGUACCUGCCAUCGACGUCAUACACAGCGUAUUACGCUGGUGGUGACACGGCAAACGUCCCGUGGCAAGCUUCACAAAUUGCAGGUGGAGCACGACAUUUUGGUGUCACAGACCACACAAGAUGGCCAAAUGCAGCACAACAAGAACCUACAACUACAGUGAACAGCGGUGCGGGGACAUCUACUGCGGGGAGCUCUGAGCGCACGGAAGACGCGUUCCACCAGCCAGCAGACUGUCAUGCCGCAAACAAUUUCGAGUCAGAGUCGGGAAUGGCAAUCAUUCCAGCAAUGCCGACGAGCACCCCUUUGAACACAAGCACUAGCAACACUCGAGUAGAUGGAACUGCCGCCGAUACUGAAGCGAAUGAUGAAACUGACGACGACGCACAAGAGGAUGAAGAUGGUGGGCAAUCCGAGAUCGUGGUACCUCAGCCACCAUACAUUGGGCAGAGAUUUGGAUCGUUCGCAGAAGCAAAGGAAUACUACCAGGCAUACGCAAAGUUCCAUGGAUUUGCGGUCAACACCGAGUACCAUAGGAAAAUUAAGAAAACUAAUGAGUACAGCAGAGGUGAGAUGAGGUGCCACAAGGCACGGAGGAACAAGAAGGGGAAAGGUGUUGCGCCUGUCGUUCCGGAACGAAAGAGAGGCAUCAUUCUCAAGACGGGGUGCCCUGUCCGGUGUAAGCUAAACGUAGAUGGAGCAACAUGGGUGGUCAAUGAGUAUUUUGACGAGCACAACCACGAACUCAUAAAGAAGUUCGACCUGGUGAAAUUUCUGACCGCCCACAGAGGGUUCACCCCCGUCGAAAGGAAAUUCGUAAAGCUGCUACAUGAUUGUAACGUCGGUCCAUCAAGAAUGGUACAGAUACUAUCUCUCAUCCACAGCAAAAAGGGGACUCUGAGUAGCAUGCCGUACAUACCAGCUGACGUCACAAACCUACAGGCCAAGUACCGUAGAGAGAGCAAGUUGGCAGACAUAGAGGCCACAAUAGCCUACUUCGAUGCGAAAGCAAAGGAAGAUCCAGAUUUCUUCUACAGGAUAAGGUUGGACGAUGAGGACCGUGUCAGGAACAUGUAUUGGGUGGAUGGUGCUGCAAGGAGAGCCUACAAACAUUUCCGAGAUUGCAUUUCAUUCGACGCGACGUACCUCACCAAUAUGUACAAGAUGCCAUGCGCUCCGUUCAUAGGAAUAAAUAACCACAAUCAGUCGUUGCAGUUCGGAUGCGGCCUCGUCCGGAACGAAGACACAGAUGGGUACGUUUGGCUGUUCAAGACCUUCUUGGAGUGCAUGGAUGGACUUGCUCCGAUGAACAUAAUAACGGACCAAGAUUUCAGCAUGCGUGCAGGCAUAGAGGAGGUCUUUCCGUUGGCAGUGCACAGGCACUGCAGGUGGCACAUUAUAAAGAAGGCUGAGGAGACGCUAGGACCGUUCUUUGCCGACCGUCCAGAGCUGCACAAGGCAUUCGAGCUGUGCGUGGACCACAGCUUGACGGUGGAGGAGUUUGAAAGGAGCUGGAUGGCCAUGACUGAAACACAUCAAGUCCAGGACAACGAGACUCUUGUUAGCCUGUGGGAGAAGCGAAUGUACUGGGUGCCGGCCUACUUCAUGCAGUGCUUCUUCCCCUUUCUGCAGACUACGCAGCGCAGCGAGGGGUUCAAUGCUGUUUUAAAGCGGUACGUCAGCCCUGGCAACUCAUUGCUACAGUUUGCCAAGCAGUACACAGCUUUGCAACAAAAAAUUCUGGGAUCUGAGCUACAGCAAGAAGCGACCACAGCCCUAAAGCAGCCAAAAUUGCUAACGUAUUUACCGAUGGAGAGGCAAAUGAGCAAGAUAUACACCAACAAGAUCUUUAACAAGUAAGUCAGUUGCAUUACAGUCUUAUUUGCAUAAAAAGCACCAAGUCAGUAGGGGCCUUAUAGAGUGCAAUGCAGUUGCCAUGACAUGCAGCUGCCAUGUUUAAUGAAAUACUGUUUGCCAUGCUUACUCAGAUGCAGUUGCCAUGUUAAAAUGAAAAUUUUGUUUUGGCAUACUUGCUCGGGUGCAUUUCCCUUGUUGAAUGAAGUGCAGUUGCCAUGUUUUAUGCGCUGUGCUUCCAUUGGAGCAUGUUGGCAUGCAAAUGCCAAUGUCAAAAAAUGCUAAAAAAUGUUAUAUUGGCGACACAUAUGCUGAAAUGCAGUUGCCAUGUUUAAUGAAAUGCAUCUGCCCUUUUUUUGAAAUGCAAUUGACAUGUUUACUCAGCUGUAGAUGCCAUGUUUAAUAAAAAUGCAGUUGCCAUGUUUUAUGCAAUGUGCUUCCAUUGGGGAAUGUUGGUGUGGAA